CCGUGACGAGUUUAGCCCUUCCACGUAAAUAAAUUAUUAGACACUCAGGCAAAGUGGCAAAUACUUUCCAUUUCCAUUGAACAAUGUAACUCCUGGAAGGAUGUUAAUAAUGUAUUUAUGAGAAAAAGCUAAACCAGUAAGGAUUAUACAGCCCCUAGAGAAUAGAUAAUUAGGUCUGACAGGAAACAGGGGAACUCUGGUGCCUCGGAUUAAGAGAUUCUGGGGAGUAUGAAGGCGUGGCUUCCUUGAGGGUAUCUGGUGUUCAAUUCAACGUCAGUGUUCCAGCUGCCUGACUGAAGAGACCAUGGCUUGUGAGGCUUUGCUGCCUGGCUUAGGCCAAUUUGAGUACCUACUGACGGUGGUGGGGUUGGUGUACGUGGGGAAGGUGCUGCUGGAGUUGAUCUGGUCUCUGGCGUGUGGCUUCAGAGCACAUUUUUGGUCCAGGUUGUGGGAUAAACGUCUUGUGGAGACCUACGGCAAGUGGGCAGUUGUGACUGGCUGCACAGAUGGUAUUGGAAAAGAAUAUGCUAAGCAACUGGCGAAGAGAGGCAUGAAUAUUGUUCUCGUCUCACGAACCCAAGACAAACUCGAUAAAGUGUCUUCAGAAAUUGUGCAGGAAUAUGAUGUACAAACAGAAAUUGUGAAGGUAGACUUCAUUGAUGGACGUCACAUUUACGAAGACGUAGCAAAACAUCUUCAGGAUAAGGAAAUUGGCAUCCUAGUAAAUAACGUAGGAGUAAUGUUACCGCAUCCGAUGGAGUUUGAGCUUGCAUCUGAGAAGGACCUCUGGGGCCACGUCAAUGUGAAUGUAGCAUCAGUACCAGCCAUGACAAAGCUUGUCCUUCCUGGGAUGCUGACCAGAGGCAAAGGAGCAAUAAUUAACAUAGCUUCUAUAGCUGGAUUGUACCCCAUCCCUUUAAUGGGCAUAUAUUCAGCUACCAAGCUAACCUUAGACGCCAUCGUCAAUGAGAGCCAACUAGUUAACGAAAGAGUAAACGAGAGAGAGAGAACGAGAUACAGAGUUGAGACAAUGUAAGAACACAAACUGAACAGGUAGUGGAUGAUCACUUGAUCAGGCGAAAUAAAUGCAUAUU